AUGAAUGAAAGACCUAUUUUAAGUGCAGAUUAAAUAAAUGAUUCUGAUAUCUUAUAUUCUUAUGAUAUAUCAGAAUAAAUAGAAAUUGAGCUCUCUUCUUACCAAAAAGGAAAAUGGUGGAUGUAGCUUAUAAACGGUUUUCACUUAAUGUUUAUGAUUUUCAUAUUUGUUGAAGCUUGGAUAACUUUUUAAAUGAAUUGCAACAAAUCCAAACAAAGAAGAUAAAUAUAUAAAUUAAUUGGAAUAUGUUGCUUUGCUCAAAUAGUUUUCAUGAUCUUUUUUAUAAUUUCUUUACAACAAAAUGUAUAUUGUAGUAAUGCUAUCUGUCAUCCAUAUUUUAAUGGAAAAUGGCUUUUGAGUACUUCAGAUUUUUCGUCUGAAGCUUAGUAACACGAAUGCAACUCUGUGUAAUAAUAGUUUGAUAGCAAGCUUGAAAUUUCUUAAGCAAUUCAAACUUUUGUUAAAACAGCUGCAUAUUAGUAUUGCUAAAAUUAACUUAGCCAGAAUCCUGAAAAUUCUGAUGAUAAAAAUAAUUGUGAUACUCUGAAUUAAUAUCAAAUAGAAGUUGAAUAUAGUAAAGUAUUCUUUUUAGGAACAAUAGUUAUGACAAUUUUUGAAAUGAGUUACUUAAUAGUAGUUGUUUAUAUUAUAAAAAAACUUAAAUAUUUAUAAGUCAAGAGGGGUAUUUCUCAAAUAAAUGAGUAAAAUGAUUCUAAUGAUUCUUUACAUCAUAGUAAUUAUUAUUGA